AUGCAGAUGGCUGGCAUGCCGCGUUUGAUGACUUGCUAUUCUCAAACCCAGCCAGGAGACGCCCUGAGGCAGGAAAGUCCCCUACCGGGACCCGACCUCGGUGUCAGCUUUCCCCUCAACGAAUCUGGGCCACAUUGGCUGGGCGUUGCUGCUGGGAGGGGGAGCAGAUUGCUGUAUAAAGGGGGUUAGGCAGCAGUGUCUGUCUGUGUGGUUCCCUGGCCUGUUGCAACGUGAUAUCACCUUACCCUGAUCAGACCGACUAGGUCAUUGGCCCAGGCCCAGGUCUGAUCCUAGUGGGACAAUAUAGCAAAGUAUUAUAAUACAAGUUUGUUAAGUCGUACAUGACAUAAUGUAUUUGGAAAUGGUUUUUUAUCAUCAUUCUAAAACAUCCAGAAGAAUCUAUAGAUUUUUCAAGAUACAAAAAAACAGAUUGGAUUUGUUGGACCGUGAUUAUAUGUUUUGUUACUGUAUUACAUAUGUUUCACUCAUAAACACUAUAUGGGUUAAACUGGUUCUUGGUACAGCCUCAGUUUCUGACCUCAUCUUUGGUAUGUUGCAAUUGCCUCCCAGAGAGUUCUGUGUUUUCCACAGAUCCGAUAAUCCAUGCAUAUUGGCACAGAAAAAGCUCUAUGUAUGCACAUUCUUAUGGACUUCUUGAGCGGUAUUGCAUACUGUGGCGAACCAAAGCACUCCUCCUGGUUCUCCAGUAAACUUUUCCCCUUUGUUUUAUCUCCUGUGGAACUUACGAGUAGAUUUGCUGUGUUUCAGCUUAUUUUUCUGCCCCCAGAUUUUCAUUUCAACAUCCCUCCAUCUCCCUCUCGUCUCUCUCCAAUCAUCUCUCUCUCUCGCUCUGUCCAAUCAUCUCGCUCUCUCCAAUCAUCUCUCUCUCUCUCCAAUCAUCUCUCUCUCUUGCUCUCUCUAAUCAUCUCUCUCUCACUCUCAAUUUCAAUUCAAUUUCAAUUUAAGGGGCUUUAUUGGCAUGGGAAACAUAUGUUUACAUUGCCAAAGCAAGUGAAAUAGAUAAUAAACAAAAGUGAAAUAAACAAUAAACCAUUUUUUACAGUUAAAAUGACACUCACAAAAGUUCCAAAAGAAUAAAGACAUUUCAAAUGUGAUAUUAUGUGCAAAUAGUUAAAGUACAAAAGGGAAAAUAAAUAAACAUUUACAAUGGUGUUUGUUCUUCACUGGUUGCCCUUUUCUUGUAGCAACAGGUCACAAAUCUUGCUGCUGUGAUGGCACACUGUGUGGUAUUUCACCCAAUAGAUAUGGGAGAUUAUCAAAAUUGGGUUUGUUUUCAAAUUCUUUGGGUCUGUGUAAUCUGAGGGAAAUAUGUGUCUUUAAUAUAGUCAUACAUUUGGCAUGAGGUUAGGAAGUGCAGCUCAGUUUCCACCUCAUUUUGUGGGCAGUGUGUACAUAGCCUUCUCUUGAGAGCCAGGUCUUCCUACAGCGGCCUUUCUCAAUAGCAAGGCUAUGCUCACUGAGUCUGUAAAUAGUCAAAGCUUUCCUUAAGUUUGGGUCAGUCACAGUGGUCAGGUAUUCAGAGAUGAACCUGGAGAAGAGUCCCCUAAGCAAGCUGGUCCUGGGACUCUGUUUAGGGCCAAAUAGCAUUGUAGUUUGCUCUGUUUUUUUGUUAAUUCUUUCCACAAUGUGUGAAGUAAUUCUCUUUUUGUUUAAUCAUGAUUUGGUUGGGUCUAAUUGUGUUGCUGUCCUGUGUUUGUGAAGAGAGACCCAGGACCAGCUUGCUUAGGGGACUCUUCUCCAGGUUCAUCUCUCUGUAGGUGAUUUGUUAUGGAAGGUUUGGGAAUGGCUGUAGAAUUGAACGGCUCUUUUCUAGAUUUUGAUCAUUAGCGAGUAUCGGCCUAAUUCUGCUCUGCAUCACUCUCUCUCUCUCCCUCUUCCCUCACCUCAUCUAUCUCUUUCACCUCCAUCCCCCCUCUUCCCUGCCGCUUUAUCUCACUCUCUUCUUUCACCCUCUCCCUCCAUCCCUCAUCCCUCACCAGAAAUGAAUGUUCUCUCACUAAGGAAUGGAGGCGAUCAGCCCCAUCAAGCCCAUAUGCUGAGCGAGGUGUUUUUCCUGGUUUUAUUCAUGUUUUAAAUCCCUUUAAAUGAUGCUGGGACUGUAGUGGUGGGGGUUGGGGGCUUGGCAUCAAGGCCAAAGAACAUUCUGGUAGAGCCAAGGAUGGAUUUAAAAGGCCAGCUGUGUAGAACAGGCACACAGCGGAGACUGACUAGGUAUUUUUACUUAAUACCGCUGUUUUAAUUGCAAGGCACACCGUCCCUCAUGGUGUAAAACUAACAGGUUUAUUGGGGUUUAGUGAUGAGCUGAAUUUACGGUUUUAUGGACAGUUUUAAAAUGCACUCUAUGAAUGUUCUAGGAUAGAAGGCCCUCUGAAUGCAUUCAUAAUGCUAUGUACACCGGUGAUUCGUUCAACGUGUUACAGUAGCUAUUGGGGUAACACUUUACUUUAAAGCGUCCAGGGAUAAUUCACUAUGAUGCAGUUCUAAUGCAUUGUCAUGAACAUGUACAGUAUUACCACAUUAUAAUGUCUUGUAAUCAUUUCAUAAUGAUCCAGACCAAAUAAAACCCUGUUUGAGACACUUGGAAACAUAGAGAGACAAAACAUACUAAAUACGCAUUGUUAUAAAACAUUUAUAACAUACAUGCUUAUAACAAGUUGUAAUGCAUAAUACCUGGAUGCUUUAAGUAAAGUGAAACCAACAUGGGUUGUGUCAGAUGAAAUUUCAUAUUCACCAUCUCCAGCACCACCCCAACAUACUGUAUAUGAAAAUGGCACAUUUCUAUGUUUUGUAGUAAAGAAGAUAGAGAAAGAUAAGUGUUUCCAAUGACAUCAUCAAAAAUUAGUAGGCAAUUAGUCAGCAAUUAGUAGGCAACGCCUAAUAAUUGGUUAAAAUCACAUGAUGCACACCGAUGUCAUUGAAAACACUUUUCUUCCUCUGUUUUUACUUCAAAACAUAGAAACGCGCCAUUUUCACAUACAGUGCCUUGGGAAAGUAUUCAGACCCCUUGACUUUUUCCACAUUUUCUUACGUUACAGCUUUAUUCUAAAAUGGAUUAAAUAAAAAAAAUCCUCAGCAAUCUACACACAAUAACCCAUAAUGACAAAGCGAGAAAAGGUUUUUAGAUUUUUUUGCAAAUUUAUUAAAAAUAAAAAACAGAAAUACCUUAUUUACAUAAGUAUUCAGACCCUUUUCUAUGAGACUCGAAAUUGAGCUCAGGUGCAUCCUGUUUCCAUUGAUCAUCCUUGAGAUGUUUCUACAACUUGAUUGGAGUCCACCUGUGGUAAAUUAAAUUGAUUGGACAUGAUUUGGAAAGGCACACACCUGUCUAUAUAAGGUCCCACAGUUGACAGUGCAUGUCAGAGCAAAAACCAAGCCAUGAGGUUGAAGGAAUUGUCCGUAGAGCUCUUAGACAGGAUUGUGUCGAGGCACAGAUCUGGGGAAGGGUACCAAAAAAUGUCUGCAGCAUUGAAGGUCCCCAAGAACACAGUGGCCUCCAUCAUUCUUAAAUGGAAGAAGUUUGGGACCACCAAGACUCUUCCUAGAGCUGGCCAAACUGAGCAAUCGGGGGAGAAGGGCCUUGGUCAGGGAAGUGACCAAGAACCCGAUGGUCACUCUGACAGAGCUCUAGAGUUCCUCUGUGGAGAUAAGAGAACCUUCCAGAAGGACAACCAUCUCUGCAGCACUCCACCAAUCAGGCCUUUAUGGUAGUGGCCAGACUGAAGCCACUCCUCAGUAAAAGGCAUUUGACAGCCCGCUUGGAGGCACCUAAAGACUCUCAGACCAUGUGAAGCAAGAUUCUCUGGUCUGAUGAAACCAAGAUUGAACUAUUUGGCCUGAAUGCCAAGCGUCACGUCUGGAGGAAACCUGGCACCAUCCUUACGGUGAAGCAUGGUGGUGGCAGCAUCAUGCUGUGGGGAUGUUUUUCAGCGGCAGGGACUGGGAGACUAGUCAGGAUCGAGGCAAAGAUGAACGGAGCAAAGUACAGAGAGAUCCUUAAUGAAAACCUGCUCCAGAGCGCUCAGGACCUCAGACUGGGGUGAAGGUUCAUCUUCCAACAGGACAACGACCCUAAGCACCAGCCAAGACAAAGCAGGAGUGGCUUCGGGACAAGUCUCUUAAUGUCCUUGAGCGGCCCAGCCAGAGCCUGGACUUGAACCUGAUCAAACAUCUCUGGAGAGACCUGAAAAUAGCUGUGCAGCGACACUCCCCAUCCAACCUGACAGAGCUUGAGAGGAUCUGCAGAGAAGAAUGGGAGAAACUCUUCAAAUACAGGUGUGCCAAGCUUGUAGCGUCAUACCCAAGAAGACUCAAUGCUGUAAUCGCUGCCAAAGAUGUGUCAACAAAGUACUGAGUAAAGGGUCUGAAUACUUAUGUAAAUGUGAUAUUUCAGUUUUACAUUUUUAAUAAAUUAGCUAACAUUUCUAAAAACCUGUUUUUGCUUCGUCAUUAUGGGGUAUUGUGUGUAGAUUGAUGAGGGGAUAAUUUUUUUAAUCAAUUUUAGAAUAUGGCUGUAACGUAACAAAAUGUGGAAAAAGUCAAGGGAUCUGAGUACUUUCUGAAGGCACUGUAUGUUGAUGUUGGGGUAGUGCUGGAGAUGAUGUAUAUGAAGUUGUAAAUGUUUGAUAUGUUCCUUUAACACACCUCCUCUCUCCAUGGGUCUGUUCAGGAGGACGUCAAAUUACAGAACUAAAUUGAUCAAGUAGAACAGAAACGAUUGUCUGUCAGAUAGAAUAGGGAAUCAUGUCAUCUCUAUUCAUUCUAUUUCUGUCUGCAACAUACAGUGUUUCACACCCUGAAUAAGUACUUACUCAAAAAUGUUGAGGAAAUCAAUUACCUCAUGUUUUUUUUAGUAAUUAAACUUAAAUGGCUGAAGUAACCAGUACAUGUUUAUUCAAGUUAAUCUAAAUGAUGUCUUUGCCUGUUCCCUACAGCUGCAGUACUGAAGUAUGAGAACAAUGUGAUGAACAUCAGGCAGUUCAACUGCUCCCCUCACCCCUACUGGCUGCCCAACUUCAUGGACGUCUUCACCUGGUCCCUGCCCUUUGUCGGGGAGAAAGGUGAGCGGGACACACACACUAACACACACACACACACACACACACAACACACAACACACAACACACUAACACACACAACACACUAAGACACACACUAACACACACAACACACACAGCACACUAAGACACACACACAAACACACAACACACUAACACACACACACACACAACACACUAACACACACACACACACACAAUGACAACCCAGUCAAAAGUGAGGUUCAAGUUAAUUUAAUACGUUUAGGAAGCUGUUGUUACGGCUGUUAUUAGGACUCCCAUGCAGUGGUGGAUAUAGUCAUGUCUAACCUAUCAAUCAAAAAUAUGUCCUUAAUUAUCACAUCAAAUGUCAUUCAGCAUAACGCCACAGGGUUGUCAAAAGCAAUUUACAGUAUCUUUGACUGCAUGUAUUUUAGUAUAAUGUGUCAUAAGGCUGAAGGCUAGUGUGACAUACAGUACCAGUCAAAGGUUUGGACACACCUACUCAUUCAAGUUUUUUUUUUUGUGUGACUAUUUUCUACAUUGUAGAAUAAUAGUGAAGACAUCAAAACUAUGAAAGAACACAUAUGGAAUCAUGUAGUAACCAAAAAAGUAGUAACAAAUCAAAAUAUAUUUUAUAUUUGAGAUUAUUUCUAAUAGCCAGCCUUUGCCUUGAUGAAAGCUUUGCACACUAUUGGCAUUUUCUCAACCAGCUUUACCUGGAAUGCUUUUCCAACAGUCUUGAAGGAGUUGCCACAUAUGCUGAGCACUUGUUGGCUGCUUUUCCUUCACUCUACGGUCCGACUCAUCCCAAACCAUCUCAAUUGGGUUGAGGUCAGGUGAUUGUGGAGGCCAGGUCAUCUGAUGCAGCACUCCAUCACUCUCCUUCUUGGUCAAAUAGCCCUUACACAGCCUGGAGGUGUGUUGGGUCAUUGUCCUGUUGAAAAACAAAUGAUAGUCCCACUAAGCCCAAACCAGAUGGGAUGGCGUAUCGCUGCAUAAUGCUGUGGUAGCCAUGCUGGUUAAGUGUGCCUUGAAUUCUAAAUAAAUCACAGACAGUGUCACCAGCAAAGCACCCCCACACCAUAACACCUCCUCCUCCAUGCUUCACUGUGGGAACUACACAUGCGGAGAUCAUCCGUUCACCCACAUCACGUCUCACAAAGACACAGCGGUUCGAACCAAAAUUCUCCAAUUUGGACUCCAGACCAAACGACAAAUUUCCACCGGUCUAAUGUCCAUUGCUCGUGUUUCUUGGCCCAAGCAGGUCUCUUCUUCUUAUUGGUGUCCUUUAGUAGUGGUUUCUUUGCAGCAAUUCGACCAUGAAGGCCUGAUUCACGCAGUCUCCUCUGAACAGUUGAUGUUGAGAUGUGUCUGUUACUCUGUGAAGCAUUUAUUUGGGCUGCAAUUUCUGAGGCUGGUAACUCUAAUGAACUUAUCCUCUGCAGCAGAGGUAACUCUGGGUCUUCGAUUCCUGUGGCGGUCCUUAUGAGAGCCAGUUUCAUCAUAGCGCUUUGUGGUUUUUGCGACUGCACUUUAAGAAACGUUCAAAGUUCUGGAAAUGUUCCGUAUUGACUGACCUUCAUGUCUUAAAGUAAUGAUGGACUGUCGUUUCUCUUUGCUUAUUUGAGCUGUUCUUGCCAUAAUAUGGACUUGGUCUUUUACCAAAUAGGGCUAUCAUAAGUUGCCAUCAUAAGUUGAAUGCACCAAUUUGUAAGUCGCUCUGGAUAACCUCAUGGAUGUGGUUGAGAGAAUGUCCAUAGUGUGCAAAGCUGUCAUCAAGGUAAAUGGUGGCUACUUUGAAGAAUCUCAAAUAUAAAAUAUAUUUUGAUUUGUUUAACACUUUUAUUGGUUACUACAUGAUUCCAUAUGUGUUAUUUCAUAGUUUUGCUGUCUUCACUAUUAUUCUACAAUGUAAAAAAAAAAAGUAAAAAUAAAGAAAAACCCUGGAAUUAGUAGGUGUGUCCACAUUUUUGACUGGUAGUGUACAUCCACUUUAAUCUCCAGCACACCCAGUCACCCCUCCUUUGCAUGUUGCUGACAUCUACUGUACUAAAGUUGCAUGACAAGUUACAAUUUACAUUCUCUGUUUAAUUUAAUCAAUGUGUAAACUAUAAAUUAUCUCAUCCAAGACCCCCCCCCCCCCCCCCCCUCACACAACCCUCCCCCCAUCUCCCUGUUCUCUCCUGAAGUGUAGUUCCCCAACCCAUUCCCCAAACACUCUAGUUGGAUGUCACAUUUUAGACAUGGCUUUCUAGCAGCUAUUCCUAGCUCUCCCUCCCUCCCUUCCUCUCUCCCUUACUUCCUCUCUCUCACGGUUUCUUUCUCUCUCUCUCUCCCUCUCCACCCCCUUCCUUUCUCUCUCUCUCUCUCUCUCUCCACCCCCCUUCCUUUCUCUCUCUCUCUCUCUCUCUCCACCCCCCUUUCUCUCUCUCUCUCUCUCUAGUCACUGAGAUGCUGGUUAACGUAUUAAGCAUCUGCUCCAAUGAUGAGCUGACGACAGACGAGGAGAUCGACGGUAAGUCUGUGUGGUGUGCCAUCGACUGUUACUAUUUAUUUUCGUGUUGCCACGACAGGUUAAAUAAGCCCAAUUCCCUUUCUCGCAGGUGCUCCCUCCCCUCUCUCAGUUUCACUUCAAAACUGUAUUCAAAUAUAAUUUAAGCAAAAGCUAAAAAGCAAGAUCUAAUGGCAUGACAUUGCUAACUUCACUCUAUAUGUAUUGGAGUAAUUGGAGAAUGGGGAAUAGAGCCCCAAUGUUGAGUUAGUGGUCAAACAGGGAAAUGGUUCCAAUCGUUUUAAAAGUCACCUUGUCUGAGAGAGAUUUACAUGGUUAUCAAAACGUCACGCCAGGGUAAGCCUACACGAAACACAGCCCUUAUUUUAAGUGUUUCUAAAAUCCCGUAUUGGAAAAAUGAAUGGUGGAAAAACUAAAAAUGACAAUUUCCCUCUUUGACCUCUAGGUUAUAUGGGUAUUAUGACUCAUACUGUGGGACUCUAUAGGGCAAGGGAGGAAGGACAAGGUUCAUUAUGAGGAUUGACUUUCUGUCUGUGGUUGACUAUACUUCCCCUAGAGGGCAAACUCUACCAAUGAAACACUCAUCAUCAGCUCAACACAUCAUACAUUUGACAUUUACCUUAUUUGGAUCCACAGUAGAAACAUGACAGUGCAAGAUGCCUACAUGGAUGCACACACACCACAUACUCACACCACACACACUCACACCACACACACACCACCAUUAACUUGCUUUAUCUGCCCAAUGCCUCUAUUCCAUGUCUGUAUCCUAUGUAACGCAGUUAGUUAUGGUUAUUAUUAUCUACUAUGUAAGUUUGUUACAAAGGUCAACACAUUCCACAAUUCUAUUCAGGUUGUAUAUCUAUGGGUGGGUGGACCAUGGCACCUUCCUGGUAUUCAAUGCCUCAUGAUUUCCAUUUAAUCAUGAUUCUCAUUUCUUUCCUGUCUUAUCUCACGGCUCAUUCGGUUGGGUUCCAUUUAACAUUAGUAGGCUACAUUUUCAACAGUGGUUGCCAACCGGUCGACCGGCAUUCCUAGUCGAUCAACAAACAUUCUGUAGAAAAGCCAACGGUAAAGGCUUGCGCUCUUUAUUUUUAUUUUUAUAUUUUUUUGUGUUGCGCUGUUGGUGGUAGGUGCACUUGAUUCAGAAGCCCUGUGCACCGGGUAAGCAAAGUGUUCCCAUUUUGAACCAUUUAAUUUGUCUGUAAAGACAAACUCUGCCUACCCGACAGACUGGGAGAUUUGUGGCUAAAUCGAGUGCGCCUUCUGCGCUGGCCAAUCGGAUAGCUCAAAUCACUGUGCCUACAGGGCUUCCACGACGCCGGCCACAGCAAAGUUUGAUACUAGCCUACUUAAUAACUUUUAAAAGCAUGAACACAGAGAAACUGUCAAAGAAUACAGCAAAGAGCUGCAAUUUUUAUGAGUGAGUUCAUGUUUUUAUUCAGCACUGUCACUGUUUUUAUUCAACACUAUUACAAAACAUAAAAACUUGCUUUUCCAUACUUCCAAUCGUGCUGCAGCUGCAAUGAAUGAGUAGCCAAGUGUAUCGAUAACCCUGUGUUUUUAUUAUUAUUAUUAGCAGCUCAUCAUGUCUACUUGAAUAUAGAGGAAUAUUGUGUGCAUGACUGAGGCAGAUGUGCUGCGACUCUAGUUUCGCCAUCAGGUGGAAGACGGUGUCUCCUCUCUCUGGUCAGUGUCACUGGAGGAAAGGAAGGAGAGAGCAGGGACUGUGAGAGGCGGACCCUCUGCUGCUCUCUCCCUCCCUCUGCUGAGACUAAUGCUGUGUUCAAAACAACUGGGAACACGAAAAUGUCAGACUUCCGACUUCAGUGCGUUCAAGACAACUGGGAACUCUGAAAAAAACGACAUCCGACUGGGAAAUAUUGUUUUGAAUGGUCAUCUUUCUAGAGCUCCGACUUUCCAACCUGAAUAUCACUGAAUUCAUGAUUUGACCUCAGGUUUUUUUACCGAGUUCCCAGUUGUCUUGAAAGUACCAUGACAAUCAGAUGCAGGUACCAUCAGUCCAGUAAAAUAAAAAAAUAAAACAUUUAUGCUCCACAGUGCCUCGCAAGUGCUACACCAACUGAUCUAUUUUGUUAUCAAAGCUCGAGUUUGUAAAUAUAAUAUGGUCUUAGAAUAAAAAAGAUUGGCAGGCCGGGCAGAGAGCUAAUAUGCUGUGAUAAUGUAUAUUAGGCCUACUGCCCAAACAUAAUUCCUACAGAACUGUUUUUAUUAGGUUAAUGUUACACUGUUUCAGUCAUGUUGAAAAAUAAAUCUGAGCGGUAGAUCUCGGCUUGCUUUUUGACUGCGAAAGUGAUCUUGGCUCAGAAAAGGUUGGUGACCACUGUUGUACAACAUAAUGGUCAGACGCAUUGUCUAAGUAGAGAUGGUUUGGAACACCCAUUCCUAGAUAAGCCCUAAAUACUCCAUCCUGUCACUUAUUUACCAAAGUUAAACAUGUCACCAUAACUCUAUAGUGAGGGGGAAGGAAUGCUUAGGUAAUAUCCUGUUCCUGGAUGGCAGGAUGUGGUGUGUUAUAGAAAACUGCUUCUAAACCUUGACCCUAACACUGGUUUGCCUGGCUACCAAAACUCCUUGCUCCGGCCAAACGCUGCACCACGCCCACGGAUUAUGGACCUGAGUACCUCCCCGACGAUUUCAAGAAUGCAGACACAUUCUGACCGUUCUGAUUGGUCCCAGAAACCGAUGGGUUGGGCCAGAGCCAGAACGCACGUGGGUAAAGCGGCAUUUUGAAAAUUCGUCAUUGGCUUUGAUACUCUGAUUGGUUUAGAGAUAAUCCAAUCGCUGAUGACUUUGAUUUGAACAACACCCCUCAUUUUGACGUCACUACAAAUUACUUCAAUGAAGGCAGUCUCAGACUGAAGUAUGUAGUGAACAUAGAGCAGUGAACAUAGGUCAUAUCCUGUUCCUGUAUGGCAGGAAGUGGUGUGUUAUAGAAAAACGAUUCUAACCCUUGACCUUAACGUUGGUAGCUGACAGACACUUCUUAGUCACUCAAAGCCUUGGUGACUAACAUCUUAUCACUUCCUAAUGUUCUUUCCUUCACUGACUUUCUUCAUUAGUUUAAUAUUCAUUGUGUUGAUCUUCAUAUUCUUUGUAUUAUUUCUUUUUUUUCUCUUCUCUCUCUCUGAUGCUGUGUUAUUUCAUUAUUUCCGUGGUUACCUCAUCUAAUUUGUCUCUCUUCUUUUCUGUUUUUCAGAGUUUUGUUUUAAGCCAUUGCUUUUCUUUAUGCUUCAUGGGUGUCUGUUUGCCUCUUCUCUCUUUCCUCUCCACCUCCUCUUCCUCCUCCUUCGUUUCCUCUGUCAUUCUUCGGCCAUUCACUGAUCUGUCUUGUCUUUUCUGUUCUCUUCUGGGGGUGUUCUUGAGAAGGACAACUAAUAUAUGCCCCCAAGAAAGGUACAACCCUCAGCUCUACCGCCAAUAUACCUUUGUGUUGGUGCUUGCUCUUGCACAUGCACUUUGGGAACCAAUUAACUAACACAAGAUGUAAAUGUGUUGUAACAUUUAUGCUCAGUUUGGUAAUUGAUAUUUAUCAGUAAAAAUAUAAUAUAUAAUCGAUCUAUAAAAAUAUAGACAGUAGACAUACACCCAAAUUCAAUCAAUUGCAUAUAAAGGUCAACUGCACUGUAGGUUCACUCAGAAUGUUGACACUAUACAGUUUUGAGUCACACUUUUUGGAUAGUCCAAAUUUUCCAUCUGUUGAUGGUCUACAGAUGGACAUACUAUUAACAAACUAUCUGUUGAUAAGCAACUGCUUGCUAAAGUUACGGUUAGGGUUAGGUUUAGAAUAAGGGUUAAGUUUAGGGUUAGGAUAAGGGUUAGAGAGCUAGGGUUAGUAGAAAGUUAGUGUAAAUGCUUUUGAUUGUCUGUAGAGCAUCUACAGAUGGACUAUCCAAAUAAAGUGUUACCCAGUAUUUUAAUAGACUGGUAUAGUUUUGCGUGGUGAACAGCUUGCAUGGUGUGUUGCCUUCAAUACUGGUAACUUAAACAUAGCUUAAACAUUUUGAGUGAAUCUGCAGUACGGUUAUCUGCACAUGAGUGAAUUAGCGUUAGCCUAUAGCUUCAAUUGAAACAGUGCAGCGUAGUCAGUCCUUAAUAUGCAUUGCCUCUUUCCUGUGUAGAAUGCCCAAAAGUCCAGCUGUAGCUCAAUGCUACAGAAGAUGGGAUACUCAGGACUGUCCCUAGUGGUCCAACCUAAGGGAACACACUCCACUAGAGUCUCUCACUGUUCUCUGCAUACUCAUACUUCUCUCUCCAUAUACUUCCAAGCACUUGUAUUAAUUUCCAUCUCUCACACUCCACCUCGCUACCAUUUUCCAAGCUGGGUCACAAAAGGGUCCUAGUGUCAAACACAAGUCAUCCUGUCACAACACACAAGCUCCUAAACCAGGCUAUAUUCUUCACCAGGCUAUAUUGUUCACCAGGCUAUAUUCUUCACCAGGCUAUAUUAUUCACCAGGCUAUAUUAUUCACCAGGCUAUAUUGUUCACCAGGCUAUAUUGUUCACCAGGCUAUAUUAUUCACCAGGCUAUAUUGUUCACCAGGCUAUAUUAUUCACCAGGCUAUAUUGUUCACCAGGCUAUAUUGUUCACCAGGCUCUAUUCUUCUUCUCCAAGCAGAAACAGAAACCUGGGUCGUGUUCAUUAGCGCACACUGUUUUGCAACCGAAAAUGAAAACGAGCGUUUCUUAUUGGACAAGUUCAAAUAGUACCUCCCCAUUUAUCUCUGUUGAAAUGUUUUCUUCCAGUCCGUGCCAACUGAACACGACCAUGUUAGAUGACAGCUUUAGGCUGUGUUUACAUCUUGUUAGUUCAGAACCAUCAUGGGCCUCACAAAGGCAUUGCAGAUUAAAAACAGUAGUCCUAGCAAAGGGAAUCUGAUAGAAGGUCAUCUGCAGUGCUUUUCAAUGUCUGUGAUUAGGCCAGGCAGAGUGUUUGAGGGACUACUUUAUGGAUGAGUGUCUAGAAGCUUCCUCUAGACAGGGUAGAGGUGAUGAGGCAUCGAACACCAAGCUUCACCUCUUUCUCCGAAAGCCUUUCAUACUAAGACUGUAGACAUAACCAGGGAAUUGCAGUGGUGGAGUGAGAUUCAAAGUACUGGUUCGGUUGGUUUUACUUUGAACUUCAAUAACUACAUAGUGUAUUUUGAUGUGAUAUGACACUGUAAGACUCCUGUGCUAAACACAUUUGCUAAACGAUCAAAUAAAUGUCAACUAAACAUUUAGGAUAGGAUUCCUUUGUAUCAGUAGGAUUCACUCAAACACGUACACUACUUAGACACACAAAACACAACUUAGUGUUACGUUUUACCAGCUCAUGUCUGGUAAUGAGCACACCUCAAAGAAAAUGCCUCACCCAGAUAAGCAGACAUGUUGUGAUGGUUUGAAGCAGCCUGACUGUCUGACCUUGAGAACUGCGUGCGUGCAUGUCUUAUAGGUGCCACAGCCGCUGCACGCAAGGAGGUCAUCAGGAACAAGAUCCGUGCCAUUGGCAAGAUGGCCAGGGUAUUCUCUGUCCUAAGGUAUUUAUUAGGAAUCAUGUAUGUCUAGGUGUGCAUUUCCUGUGUACCAAUGUUUAUGUAUUUUAUAAUAUGUGCCCAGUUACAUGAUCCUAGGCAGAAGUAGUUACACUGUACUUUACAGGAGUGCAAUUUUACAUCAAAAGGCAGUUUUUUUGUUGCAGAAAUGUCUGCAUAAACGUGUCUUAGUAACAACCCACUGGGCACAGACGUCAAUUCAACGUCUAUUCCACGUUGGUUCAACAUCAUUUCAUUGAAGUGACGUGGAAACAACGUUGAUUCAACCAGUGUGUGCCCAGUGGGAAACUCACAGCUUAGAAUAAGGCUGCAAUGAUAAGCUUUUAACAAAGGCUUAUAUAAGUUACUCAGUGGGAUUCAAAGUGUGUGUCGUGACCCCUAGUGGGGUCGUUGGGGAACUGCAGUGGGGUUGCCAAUUUAUUUAAAAAAUAAUAAUAAUAAUAGUACAGAUUAUUAUAUGGGACAAUAUUGAGUAAAUUUAUUUUUUGGUUUCUUUUCAUUUUGAUAAGAGAUACAUUUAAUGAAUUUAAGAUUAUUUGUUGAUGUAAAAUGUACCAAUUUUAAGGUUUUGUCAUUAGAUUUUGGGUGGGGUGGGGUCGAGAAAUUCUUAUGGAAAAAAAAAUGGGGUCCUGCUAAAAAAGUUUGAAUACCACUGACUUAGGUAUUACUUGUUAACGUAUAAUGUAUUUGAUUAAAUACUUAUUUUUGGCAUGGGGCAUCGGCCAACCUUCUGUCUCUUCAACUGUCUGAAAAGCUCUUUCUGUGUCUCUUUUAACUCUUCCUGUUCAGUGCUCAUUUGUCUGUUUAACCUCUCGCUUCCUGGUGCAACUCCCAAUAGAUGAUGUCAUUUCAUAAAGCUGAAGCAAUAGGAGCAGUAACUUUCAUAAACAUUGAGAUAAUCAACAGCUCGAUGGUUUGUUGAAUCAUGUGUGCUAGUAUAAGGCUAGAAACACAGGACGUUGGUGGCACUUUAAUUGGGGAGGAAGGGCUCAUGGUAGUGGCUGGGGCGGAAUAUGUGGAAUGGUAUCAAAUACCAUUGUUCCAUGUGUUUGACAUUCCAUUAACUCUGUUCCAGCCAUUAUUAUGAGCCGACCUCCCCUCAGCAGCCUCCACUGGCUAGAACAACAAUGUGUGAUGUUGGGAGUACGUGAGACUUGAGAAACACUUUUUUGAGAAGUUGAGAAACACUAUUUCACAUGAAAGCAUCAGUUCUGCAUGCUAUAUUUCCAUCUGAACGUUGCUUAAUGUAUUUUUCCCCGUGCAGGAAUGAGCUUGCUAAAAGGCCUACAUGUUCUAUGGGCUAUAUUUCUAUCUGAGCGUUGUGUCAUUUGUUUGUUUGUUGUCCCUGCAGGGAGGAGAGUGAGAGUGUGUUGACACUGAAGGGGCUGACCCCCACCGGCAUGCUGCCCAGUGGAGUGCUGUCCGGGGGCAAGGAGAAGCUCCAGAAUGGUAAGCCCCACAACACACACCCUGGACCUCCAUGUCCAGCCCACAACACCCCUCACACUCCCCAAGCCCCCAUGUUCCGCCCCCCUCACCACACACUUAUAUAUAAGAUUUUAUUAGCAAUACAUCUACCUCAAAUACCUGAUACUUAUUUAGCCCUUUUUGGGGGGGGAUUUUCUCUUAAACCUGGUAUAUUUUAUACGACUUUUAUGUCGUAGAACACAGUUGCAGCAGUGGUAAAUACUAUGUAACUACCUGUGGUUCAGCGUUUCCCAAACUCAGUCCUGGGGACCCCAAGAAGUGCACAUCUUGUUAUUUACCCUAGCACAAAACAGCUGAUUAAAUAAUCAAUUCAUAAUCAAGCUUUAUUUGAAUCAGCUGUGUAGUGCUAGGGCAAAAACCAAAAGGUGUCCCCAGGACCGAGUUUGGGAAACCCUGCUGUAGUUCAAUUCAGCCGUUAUUGCAGCAGAGUUACCCUAGAAUAGGCUAUUACCUAAGUACUGCGAAGUGUUGCCCCUUUCUCUGGUGGUGGCUUCAGAUAAUACAGCCAUUAAAUGUUAGAAGUUGACUUUCUUUGUCCCAGUUGUCUCUUCUAAUGCUGUCUUGCUCCCCCCUCUCUCCACCUUUCUCUCUGUAAUCUACUGGUUAUAUCUCAAAUAUUGUCUGUGUGUUCUUCUUCUUUCUCCUCUCUCUCUAGAAACCACAGGUAUAAUCUGUUGUGUUCUGUCAGCAGUGUUUUUGUGAGAAUAUUGUAGAAUUCACCCUCCCAUGUUGAAUUCCAAACACUCCCGAAACCAGUCUGACGAUCGAUCGAUCUCCUUUACGUGACAGACUAGCAUUAGAAGAUGCUUUGCCACAGGGAAGUCGUUUCUUCCAAAGAUUAUUAGUCGAAUUGAAUCAUCUACCCACUGAAUCGGGCUACAACAUAGCCAAUUUAGAAUUUCAAUUGACUUUCUAUAGAACAAAAACAUUGAUUUUACAAAUUGUAAGUCAUUUCUAAGAAGUCAGGGAGGCUAAGGAUCGACUACGAUUCAGAUUAAUUGGAAUUGACAUAAACAACUGUGGAUGGAAGGGGAUCAAUGUUGUCCACCUUGUCAUCCACAAACAAGGCAGAAAUCCAAACAACUUCACUCUCCUCUCUUCGGCUCUCUUGGUUAGUUUGUCUCCUCUGUCAGUUUUUCUGCCAGUUGUUUUAGCAUGUAGGCCUGCAGAAUCAUGUUUUCUAUCCUCUACUGAUCCCAUCUGACACUAUUUCUGGGUUCACUUCCUAAGGAUCACUUUUCCCGAAGUUAACCACAGAAAUUCUACAUGUUUGCCCUCUGAACAGUAUUCUAUAUCUCUAUCUCAAACACACACACAUACGCCGAUGCAUAUACUCACACGCUGCUAUUGUUGAUUCGGACUGCAUAGGAGCAACCAUGUAGUUCCCAGUGAGGCAACGAUGGGCCAAAGCCAUCCAAUUGAGAGGCAGUAGCGAGGACGAGCCAUUUUGGGAGGCAGAGUGACGUUUGAGAGAUUGUCUGUCACAACAUCGGUAGAAUCACAGCUCACCAUAGGCUCCUAUUGUUCAGAUAUUCUCCAAUGUGCUUCUACUGCAAUGUUGUGCAAUCCAUCAACCACUUGGUUUCAUUUGGACCUCCUUAUAACUUACCUGUGUGUACGUCUCUCCUGUGCAUUAUGUACUGUAUUAUAUCUCCAUAGCAACACACACCUGUUCAAGUGUAGAGCUGUAGCCGCUAAGUAUUUGUUUAUUUGCAGUCCAACUCGUACCCAUUUAUUUGUCUGUGUGUGUACCACCUGACUACAGAGUAAAUUCUGUAUUUCUGGUGAUAAGUGUUUGACAAUAACUACUGCUAUAAAACAGAAGGAUUUGGACAGUAAGUGGUAAGUGUAUCAAAGUGUUGCCAUGAUGUGUUUUUUAAAAGGUGCGUCUGCUCUUUUGACGGUUCAUUUCAAAAGACACGGCUGCGCAACAGUUCUAGAUAGCUGUUUCCGAGAACAUUAAGAGUUCUUCAUGUUUUUAUUUUAUUUGACCUGGUCUCGGUUAUUCAGUUGCAGCCGCAUUCUUGACUUUGGCAGAGUUGUCUCUGUUUUCACUCACACGUCUUUAUGUACUGUACCCCAACUCCUGUUAAACACCCCUGACGUCACCCCCCUCUAAGUGUGUAGUUUGUUGAGUGAGGAUACGUCAGACAUCCACUGUUCCCCUUUGAUAAUCACUAUUGUAACCCUCUCCAGUUCUACUUGUCACGGUGUCCCCCGUCCAGACGUCCAUUGUCUCUAUUCAUCCAGCACCGCUUCUUGUCCCUUUGUCAAACACGGGUGACGUUUUUACAAAGCUCAAAAUACCAGCGCACCACGCAUUUGUCUACAAUGGGUAUUUGACUGGCUCCAUUCCGUCUGUCCCCUUUUUGGUUUCCUGCCUCCUACAUUCUUUGUCCGUCUUAACACACCCGCUUUGUCCCUCCUCCUCCUCCUCCCCUCUUUUCUCUAACAUCCAUGUGUUGCCUCUGUCUGAAAACAUGGAGAGGUUUUUUAACGUUGUUGUCUUUGCAUUGGCUCUCUCUUUUUGCUGCUCAUUGACCGGUUCCUGGGAAAAACCAAAUGAAUUCCUCGCUGGUCACCCUUCUUCUCGUUCGUUUUGCAACCCCCAUCUUCUUCUCUUCAGCUACUAUUGAGGCUAUUGAGGCAGAUGAAGGUAAAUAGGCCGGCGGCCCUCUCUGUUGCUUCUUAUUGCAAUAGACAGUGCCCCCCCCCCCUGCCCGCCCGCUGCGUUUUCAUCCAUUUAGCUGUAGCUUGUUACAGAGUGUGUUGGGUGUUUGGGCUAACAAAUUGUGGCAUAAUAGUUGAACAAAACAAAACACCCCCCCCAGAAAAAACAUAUAAAACGGGGGGGGGGGGGGGAGUACAGAAAAGCUAUGUUUGUUUUAAAGGGUCAGGUGGUGAGAGCAUUAAGUGAAUUACUUUUCUUUUCACCUGCUAGGAUAUAGCCCCCCCCCUUCCCCUCCCUCCUACUCACAAAGUUUUUAGUUUAGAGCUCGAUUCAACCCGCAGCGCAGAAGGUCUGCGUUGUAGUGCAAUUGACAUAUAAAGGCAAUGUUAUCGUGUUCACGGAGACUGCAUUCACGGUAAACGCUGCAUUCAUGGUAAACGCAGAUCUUCCGCGAUACGGACUGAAUCGAGUCUUGAUCCCCUCCACUAAAUAUUGCCCAAUCAUAAGUUUCUCUAAAAAACACCAACCAAGGAUAUUAUGUCACACCUGUGUCUUCACACAACACCCCAUGCCCUUGUACCAACUCACCCACCGACUCAGUCCUGCUAUGAAAGACCCAUUAGAUUUUCCCCCUUUGAAACAACUUGCAGUUGUGCUUUGUUUUUUCACUAAUAUACAGUAUGUUCGAUAGAAACAAAUCAGAACAAAAUUUGCUUUCCCAACAGAGGCUUUGAAAGCCAAAUUGGACUCCAACUCCAAAAGCAAAUGGGCAAACAAACCCAUGCAACAAAGAACAACCUCAACUACGCAGUAAAUAGCGGUUUGCUAGCUAGCUGCUAUUUACGUUGGAAUUGUUCAGCAACUCCUCUUGAGCACGCCCUAGAGGAUUACGUGCAUCAGUCCCGAGACUCAUUUUUCCUUGGUGGUUCCUCUGUGGCUCUGCUGUGUCGUGUUCUCUUUGUUGAGCUGCUAAUAACCUGUGUCUGACCUGUGCUAUGCAGCAACACAACUAUAAGUCCCAUCAGCCCCCUCUCUCUACACCCAUAAUUCCACAAUAUCGGAAAUUCCUCCAAAAUGGCGCCCCCCGAUCCAGAAAUAGGUUCUCCUGAAAAUGUAGCUACCCACAACCACUAUACCCCCCUUGUCCCUUAUUAGUAAUUUGCUGCAUGUUCUGAGCAGGCUUAACAAGUGAUUAGCAUCAACUACCUCUGAAGUAGUGUAUAUCAGAGGAGGCUGGUGGGAGGAGCUAUAGGAGGACGGGCUCAUUGUAACGGUUGGAGUGGAAUCAAUGGAACGGAGUCAAACGCUUUGUUACCGUGUGUUUGGUACCAUUCCAUUGAUUCCAUUCCAGCCAUUACAAUGAGCCUGUCCUCCUAUAGCUCCGUCCACCAGCCUCCUCUGGUGUCUGUGUAUGUGAGCGUGGUCUUUCUGUGGUAUACUGUAUGUUUCAGUUUCGUGGGCCCCGCUCUCUAUUUUCCAAUUUUGUUGGUCCUUUUGUUUUGUUUGUAUAGUACGGUGAUGGGGAGGUCUGGUCCUGAGGAUCUUCAGGUGUUUUAAUUGUGCCUUUAUUCAAUAUGCACUCCGUUAUCUAUAGGUUUAUUUUUAAAUAGAAGAUCCGCUGCAACAUUGUGUUGUUUUACUGUUUUUACUUCCACAUUACACUACAUUCACUUCCACGUUGAAUCAUUUGCACAUUAUUCAAUUUGCACAUUCAUUUGACAUACUUUUCUGUUUGAGUCAAUUAUGUGAUUUAUCAGUAGUGUUUUUACUUUUGAAAAUCUGUCCUUGAUUGAAAGGCAAUGGCACAAUGACAACCUGUUGUCCUGCAGCACCAGACACUCAGCUAUAGUUCAGUAGAAUUAUGUCAUCCUUUUGUCAAUCAUUUCGGUAAUAUGGUAAUUGGUGUUGGUAUUGUGUUGUCAUUUAUUCUGAUGAAUUGUUCAUAUUGAUUGUAUUAUAGUUCUUUGCCAUCUUCAAAAGGCAGAAUGAACUAUAUAGGAUGGUUUUACCUAUGAUAUUCCAAGAUGAGAAUAAAAAUAUGAUAUGUUAUCCAUAAUCUACAAGGGCGGCAGGUAGCCUAGCGGUUAGAGCGUUGGGUCAGUAACCGAAAGGUCGCUGGUUCGAAUACCCGAGCCAACAAGGUGAAAAAUCUGUCGAUGUGCCCUUGAACAAGGCACUUAACCCUAAUUUGUUCCAGGGGUGCCAUACUACUAUGGCUGGCCCUGUAAAACAACACAUUUAACUGCACCUAUACAUUGUAUGUGACAGUAAAACAUUAUUUAUUAAUUUCAGUGUUCAAAUGUCUCUGCAGAAAGAAGUUAAGUUAUAGACUUAUAUUAGAUAUACACUGAGUGUACAAAACAUUAAGAACACCCACUCUUUCCAUGACAGACUGAUCAGGUGAAGGCUAUGAUCCCUUAUUGAUGUCACUUGUUAAAUCCACUUCAAUCAGUGUAGAUGAAGGGGAGACAAGUUAAAGAAGGAUUUUUAAGCCUUGAGACAAUUGAGACAUGGAUUGUGUAUGUGUGCCAUUCAAAGGGUGAAUGGGCAAGAUAAAAGAUUGAAGUGCCUUUGAACAGGGUAUGGUAGUAGGUGCCAGGCGCACCGGUUUGUAUAAAGAACUGCAACGCUGCUGGGUUUUUCACGCUCAACAGUUUCUUGUGUGUAUCAAGAAUGGUCCACCACUCAAAGGACAUCCAGCCAACUUGACACAACUGUGGGAAGCAUUGGAGUCAAAAUGGGCCAGCAUCCCUGUGGAACGCUUUCGACACCUUGUCCCGACGAAUUGAGGCUGUUCUGAGGGCAAAAGGGGGGGGGGGGGGGGUGCAGCUCAGUAUUAGGAAGGUGUUCCUAAUGUUUGGUAUACUCAGUGUACACACACGCAUUCAUACUCUAGUUAUUUCUAUGAAAACACUAAGCAGAUGAAAUAGUAUAGAAAUUGUUUUUUUUCCUCAAAUAACUAUUUAUAUUGUUAGAAUGAUGAUGCUGUGGUUUCUGUCGGUUGGCCUACUAGACCUCUGCUAACAACCAUCAAGUGACAUUUCCAUUCAGUGCAAUGGUUUAUAUAGCCAACCACUUCAGAAACAGAGAUUUUCAUUCGUUAUUCUGUCAUCACAUGACUUGAUUCACAAUGAAUUAUUGACGCUGAACAAAACCAAAAACAACUCAAAACACAUUGAUGUGUCUGUUUCUGCAUGUAAACCAGAAAUAAGUAACCUCAUAUUUUACAUGUCUUCUCUACCUCUAAAUCACCCCUCCAUUAAUGUUCCCCUCGUCCCCCACUCCCUCUCUCCAUCCUCCAGCCAUCAAGGGCUUCUCGCCCCAGCACAAAAUCACCAGCUUCGAGGAGGCCAAGGGCCUGGACCGCAUCAACGAGCGGAUGCCCCCGAGGCGGGACGGCCUCCCCUCCGACGCCAGCCUCAACUCCCUUAACAAGGCUCUGUCCUCGGAGACCAAUGGCACGGACGCCAAGGACAGUAGCAGCAACAUCCAGUGA